ACUGUAUAAACACGGUGGGAUCGUAUGUAUGCCAGUGUCGACACGGAUUCAUACUACAUGAGAACAAACAUGACUGUAAAGAAGCUGAGUGUAAGCAUAAGGUCCACAGCCCCAGCGGGACCAUGAACAGCCCCAACUGGCCUGAUAAAUAUCCCAGUAGGAAGGAAUGUACCUGGGACAUCACCACUACACCUGGACACAGAGUCAGACUGUCAUUUAAUGAAUUUGAGAUGGAGCAGCAUCAGGAGUGUGCCUAUGACCACCUGGAGGCCUUUGACGGGGAAGGUGACUCGGCGGCCAUCUUGGGUCGGCUGUGUGGCAGUAAGAUUCCGGAACCGCUGGUCUCCACGGGUAACAAGAUGUACCUGCGUUUCAUCUCUGACGCCUCGGUUCAGAGGAAAGGCUUCCAGGCAACACACUCUACUGAGUGUGGAGGGAGGUUGAAGGCAGAGACUCGUCAGAAGAACCUCUACUCACACUCCCAGUUUGGAGAUAACAACUACCCUGGCCAUACGGACUGUGAGUGGUUGGUGACGUCAGAGGAGGGUUACGGAAUAGAGUUGACCUUUACGACCUUCGAGGUGGAGGAGGAGGCGGACUGUGGUUAUGACUACAUAGAGCUGUACGAUGGUUAUGACUCCAGCUCACACAGACUGGGUCGGUUCUGUGGUUCUGGGCCCAGAGAGGAGAUCUACUCUGCGGGUGACGCGGUGUUGAUCCGUUUCCAUAGCGACGACACCAUCAGUAAGAAGGGGUUCCACAUCCGCUACACCAGCACCCAGUUCCAGCAGAACCUUCACACCAGGAAGUGAUGUCACAACACCGCGACCCCUAGCCUCACUGUGCCGACAAGACAACCACAGGCCCCUUUUCUCCUCUGACUGACAGGCGCCAAACAGACACACACACACACACACACACACACACACACACACACACACACACACAGUUUUGAAGAGAGGAGUGAGUGUGGGUGAGAACCAGAGGAGAGAGGGGGAGGACUGAUCAGUCCAUCUCUUAACAGGGGAGCUUCUAGAACUCUGAGGACUACAUGUGAAGAGAGACUGGAUCACAGCUUCACACUGCAACAGGAUUAAUGGAACUGCUUUAACGACGGGAACUGGAUUAAAUACUGAAACUGGAUUAAAUACGUAAACUGGAUUAAAUACUGAAACAGGAUUAAAUACGGAAACUGGAUUAAAUACUGAAACAGGAUUCAAUACUGAAACUGGAUUAAAUUCUGAAACUGGAUUAAAUACUGAAACAGGAUUCAAUAUUGAAACUGGAUUAAAUUCUGAAACUGGAUUAAAUACUGAAACAGGAUUAAAUACUGAAACAGGAUUAAAUACUGAAACUGGAUUAAAUACUGAAACAGUCUUAAAUACUGAAACUGGAUUAAAUUCUGAAACUGGAUUAAAUACUGAAACUGGAUUAAAUACUGAAACUGGAUUAAAUACUGAAACUGGAUUAAAUUCUGAAACUGGAGUGUGAACAGGAACUGGAUUUAAUACAUGGAACUGGACUAAAUAACUGACUGGCUGUUUGGCUGACUGAGUCGCUGACUAUUUGACUGAGUUACUGGAUGACUAUUUUACUGGCUGACUGAUUGACUGUCUGAUUGGCUGGUUGACUGAGUGACUGGAUGACUGACUGUCUGAUUGGCUGGUUGACUGACUGACUGGCUGACUGACUGACUGAUUGACUGGCUGACUGACUGUUUGAUUGGCUGGCUGACUGUUUUACUGGCUGACUGACUGUCUGAUUGGCUGGCUGACUGUUUUACUGGCUGUUUGGUAGGUUGACUGACUGGCUAACUGAUUCACUGAUGGACUGGCUGACUGACUGAUUGGCUGACUGAUUCACUGAUGGACUGGCUGACUGACUGAUUAGCUGACUGAUUCAUUGAUGGACUGGCUGACUGACUGAUUGGCUGACUGAUUCACUGAUGGACUGGCUGACUGACUGAUUGGCUGACUGAUUCACUGAUGGACUGGCUGACUGACUGAUUGGCUGACUGAUUCACUGAUGGACUGGCUGACUGACUAAUUGGCUGACUGAUUCACUGAUGGACUGGCUGACUGACUGAUUGGCUGACUGAUUCACUGAUGGACUGGCUGACUGACUGAUUGGCUGACUGAUUCACUGAUGGACUGGCUGACUGACUGAUUGGCUGACUGAUUCACUGAUGGACUGGCUGACUGACUGAUUGGCUGACUGACUGAGAGAAGCAUGAGGUAACGCUGAGGCAACAUUAUACAAACUGAGAGACAACAUCCCGAUAACUUUCUGACAACUUCCUGUUCAGACAACGUUUCAGACAAACCUCAUACAAACCGAGAGACGACGUUCAGACAACGGCCAGACAACUUACGGUGCUGACAACGUUCUGACCAUUUUUGAGGUUUGACAAAGUCCUGACAAUGUUCUGCUUAGAAAACAUUCUGACAACGUUCAGGCAAACAUUAUACAAACUGAGAGACAAUGUCUUUCUGACAACGUUCUGACAACGUUCUUCUGAAAACGUCCUAACAAUGUUCUACUUAGAAAACAUUCUGUUCUGACAAUGUUCAGACAAACUUUAUACAAACUGAGAGACAAUGUCUUUCUGACAACGUUCUGAAAACGUUCUGACAACGUUGGGUUUUGACAGCACUUAUAUUGCCUUAGAACCAAAUGUACGUUCUUGAGUCUCUCUAACAUUAGUUGUUAUUUGUUUGUUUGUUUGUUUUGAAUAAUUUGAUUUGACAAUGAGUUUGCAGAACUUGAAAGAUUUAUUGUUAAAUAAGAAAAAAGAGGAAACUAGUCAGGUGUGUGUGUGUGUGUGUGUGUGUGUGUGUGUGUGUAAAGAGUUGUCUCAUGUAUUGUAUGUGCCAAGCUCCUGGUGAUCCUGUCCCUCUGUAGGAUCUGUCGAGACCUCUCUCCUCCAUGUUUGUAGUUCUGUUCUAUCAUAUCUCCUCCAUGUUUGUAGUUCUAAGGAACAAAAAUGGCUUCCUCUCUAUGCUGAGUCAUUAAAACUACACACAGGUAAAAGAUAA